AUGUCCCGGCGGCAGAAGACCCGCCAGCCAGCUGCCGGCUUGAAGGAGGUUCAGUACGUCGGUUUUCAACGUGUUGACGUCGACAAGAGCAAAGUCCAUAGGGAGAAGCUGGACGAAGACGGUCUAGUAUACUGUGGCUAUCGUAAUACCCAGGAUUACUCCGACGUUCCUCUGCCAUCUUCCUAUCGUCCGCCACCUCAGCCGCCAGUCAAGCAGCCUGCGCAGGGACCCGUGGUGAUCGACUUGGUGUCUUCGGACAGUGAAGAUGAGGGCUCUUCUGGUAGCGCGGCCGGCCAGUCGGCGGCAGCAUCGGGUUCGGACAAGCGUAGCGGUGCCAAACGUGCCACUCCGGCAGAGUUCACGAUCCUUCGACGCAGCAAGCGACACCAGAAGGAAGACACGUGCCAGACGCAGGCACCGAAGGGCGACGUGCGGUUGGGAGAUCAUGGGAGAGUGAGACGGAGGGCAGGCAAGACAGAGGGACAGGGAGACCGUCAGGAUGCUCAGCGAGCCCGUUUCCAGCAGCUCCGUUUCCAGCAGCUCGAGGCGAAGAAGGCGCAAUCCGUCAGCACGCACUUUGCAGCAUGCGUGCUGUCGCUCCAUGCUUACAACGUUACACGACCGGGAGGCGCACUGAUACGAGCGCCCGACGCUCUGCUCUCGACCACCACCACCACCUCCUCGUCUCCGACCGUCACUCGGGCAGCCACCAUGACUGUCGGACCUCUCGUCAAGACGCUCGCGCUGUCCCAACGGACAGGCGAGCUCAAGUCAGCGACUCAACCCGUCACCGAGGAAUCGCGCGAUGAGCACGCAAGUCCAGCGCAGGGCAAUGUGACCGUCCAACACGCGACACACGCGGAACGAGGAGCCAAUGAGGAAGGUGUGAGGGAGAAGGAGAGGGAGAAGGAAAAGGGGGGGAAAGGGUGCACCGAGAUGAAGAGGGACGAGCGGGGAAGCUCGACGGACACAGUGGGUACAUCGAGUGAUUCGCUCGACGUGCACGCUACUGACAAGCACAAAGGGUCGAGCCGUGAAGGCACGCCCUCUACGGACGUUGCCCACGAGUACAGCAACCCGGUGCUACGGGAUGACCUUCACGCCGUACCAGAGACUGCGAUUCUGCAAGGCAACACGGCAGACGCGCCGACGUCCAACAUAUCCCGUUCAUCUGCGGAACGUGGCACAGCGACUCAUAACUUGAAGGGUGCCCUAGUACACAUGUCGCCAGUGCCCACGUCUGAAAACAGCACGACGAACGUAGACCCGCCGCUCGACGUACACGCAGUUGAUUAUCAAGAUGCACGCGAACGCGAGGUGCUGAACCUAUGUGAUGGCCUGGCUAACGAGCUCUAUGCCGUCACGACGCAUGGCGUGUCUGGCGUGCAAACAAGCAUGACCGCACACACGUUCCAAGCGGAAAUAUGCCGAGCUGGAGGCUCGACGUGCUGCCCACUGGUGCACUGCAUACCAUGCGCAACGCAAGAACCGACGUGCCUAUUGCAGCGUCUGAACCUCGAGCACUGGGUAGGCCGAGUGAUGUGCUGGAUGUACAGGAGGGCAGAUCCCACCGUCAAUGCUACACCUAGUGACGCAGUCGCGGUACGCUCAAACACGACCAAUGCGUCCAUUUCCACCGUCAAGACAAGACCGUCGCCUACGCUGAGCCCCUCACUCAGCAUAUAUGAUAUGACCUCCACGUCGGAGAUCAUGCCCUGCUACGCGAUCAGUGUGCAUUCACGUUCGACAGCCCGCAUGACAACAUCUACUGUCAAGACAUCCUCGUUGAGUACGGCGAGCUCUUCGUUCACCGUACACUGGCAUGACGAGCUCAAUGCCCGCCAUGCCGUCGCCAUUGACGUGCUCCGAGAUGACUACGUCGACCGACUCGCUCGCACCCACGACCGCCAUUGUUCUGACGACGCUACAGGCUCGUCCACACCUAUCCUCGAAGCAUCACCGUCGUCUCUUCCAACCUCAGCGGCUCCUAUCCAACCGUCACCGAGUGGCGCUCUCAGGCUCUCCGAAUCGUACACCCUGUACAACCUAGGUACAUGA